AUGGACGAACCAUGGCCAGGGCUCAGCAGCGCUCGUUCUGGCUGCCGCGGGCGCGAACGAACUGGUAUCACAGCACGGCUGCAAGGUACCGUGCAGUCUCCCAGGCCCGGCCCUCGCACAGAGGCCAGAUCGCCAGCGUGGAACCACCGAUGCAACGGUGAAAGGCGCCGCAAGUCGGGGUACGAGCACUCGUACUCACUUACAAAUGUUGCUCCGGGCAAGACAGACAUGGGAUACGGAGUCGACGCAGAGCAAGUCGAGAAGCCCUUCGACACCUCGAUGCCUCUGGAAGCUUUGAUAGGCCCAUAUCCAGAUGUCUGGCCAGGGUACGCGGGCAGCCUGAGAGGCUAA